AAAUUAAGUACAUGCUAACAACAAAAGAAUCGCCGUCCGUGUCGGUUCUUGUGAGAGAUAUGUAUUCUUUGGCAAUACUAUCAAGGUUCAGUCAGUUCAGUGCCUAUCAUUUGUACCUAUCUUCGUAUGAAUGUCAACGUCAACAAAAAAAAACGUCAUGUAAAAAAAACAGUAAACUGUCAUUGUUGAUUGUUGUUUUCAGAAACAGAAAAUAUUAAUGUAAAGUAAAUAUUAACAUAAGAAGACUACUUAGAUCAUAAUAGUAAAUCACAAUGUGGAAGUAUAUCGCAGGGUCUGUUGUGGCCGGCUCAGUUGCUUAUGGUUUAGUUAAAUACUUUGCCGGAGGGGUUUGCCACUGUACAGCGAGAUUGGAUGGUCAAGUUGUUGUAAUAACUGGUGCAAAUUCAGGCAUUGGCAAAGCUUUAGGGCUGGAAUUAGCUCAGCGAGGUGCUACUCUGGUUCUUGCUUGCAGAAAUAUUAAUAAAGGAUUGGAGGCCAAGAAGUACAUUCUUAAAUAUUCAAACAGUAAAAAUAUCAAAAUAUUUGUCAAGGAAUUAGAUCUCUGUAAAAUCUCGAGUAUUGUUAAGUUUGCAGAAACUUUGAAAACAGAAUUUACUGAGAUCUAUGCUUUAGUAAAUAACGCAGGAGUUUUUUAUCACCCUCAAGAUUUGACAGAAGAUGGAUUUGAAAUUACUCUUCAAACCAACUAUUUAGGUCCAUUUAUCUUGACGCAUCAUCUGUUGGACUUGCUCAAAAGAUCAGUACAUGCGAGGAUAGUGAAUAUUUCUUCAGAAGCACAUCGACUCGUCAAUGUGUAUGAUUUAAAUGCAGUAACGAAAUGCCAAACAGAAUUUAGAGACAACUUUAUUGCCUACGGAGUGUCCAAAUUAGCGAUCAAUUUAUUUACUAAAGAAUUAUCACAAAAAUUAUUGAGUACCAACGUAAUAAUUAACGCCGCAAAUCCAGGAAACGUCGAAACUUCAAUUUUCAGAAACUUCCCUCCCUUGAGCAACCCAUGGUUGUAUGCUCUUCAGUGGCCAAUACGAAUAUUAGUCAUCAAAAAUCCCAAACAAGGAGCGCAGACACCUCUCCAUCUUCUUUUAACGUCUAAUAGAACGACAGGGCAGUAUUUUAGUGAUUGCAAAUUGGCAUUACCCAGCCCAAUCGCGGCCAGCGACAAAGCAGCCCACGACUAUUACGCUCUAACUUUGGAAAUUCUUGCUGACAAGUUUAAUACGGAAUCUGAGUGUUAAAAUAAUGGUUUAUGAGUAUUUAAACGAUAGUAUUAAAAAAGAGAUUAUAGAAGAAGGACAAUGGGGGGAUAAACCGGAUGAAAAUAGUAAAUGCACUAUUAC